AUGUUCGUUCACAAGGGAGGUGAAAUAAUGAUUACAAAGGCUGAGGAGAAGAGUGGUGCGUCCCGGAGAAAUGGAGGUUACAACAGUGGAAACUCCAAUAGUAAUGAGAAGAAAAAUGGAAUCAACACAAACCUUCAACGAGUGAGGAAGCUAUCACAGGCGACUGAGAAGUUGAGCAAGACGAUGUUGAAUGGUGCUGGAGUUGUGAGUGGCUCCGUGAUGGUUCCUGUGAUGAAGUCGAAACCGGGGAUGGCCUUCUUCUCCAUGGUUCCAGGGGAGGUCCUCUUGGCCUCACUUGAUGCCCUUAAUAAAAUACUAGAUGCAGCUGAAGCCGCGGAGAGACAAACUCUAUCUGCUACAUCCAGGGCUGCUACUAGAAUGGUCAGCGAGAGAUUUGGAGAGAACGCAGGAGAGGCGACCGGAGACGUAUUAGCAACCGCGGGGCACGCGGCUGGAACAGCAUGGAAUGUUCUCAAGAUCCGCAAGACUUUCUAUCCUUCAUCUUCUCUAACAUCAGGAAUCGUCAAAAAUGCUCCAAGAAAAUGA